AUGAGCGGCGGCCGCAGCGGCCGGGCGGCGGUGAAGAUGGAGGCCCCGUUCUACCCCGAGGAGGGGCUGGAGCUGCUGCCCGACUUCGUGCCGCUCCCCGGCUUCGGCAGCGGUCCCGGGGCAGGGGUGGAGGCGGCGGGGCACAAACUGCUGCUCGGGGCCGGUAAGAAGCGGGAGAUGGCGGCGGGGGCGGCCGCCUCCCCCUCGGCGCUGCCGGGGUCCUACACACUGCGGCCGCCCGGCGGCACCCGGAGCGGCGCAGCGCUCAGGCUCAUCCCCGCCGCGGCGCCCCCGGGCUCGGCAGCGGGGGGAGGAGCCGGCGGCAGGGGCGGCCCGGAGGCGGCUCUGUUGGCGGCCGGGUCCCCUGCGGAGCUGCCGCUGCUGAAGCUGCCGCCCGCGGCGGACCUGGAGCAGCUGCUGAUCCAAGGCAGCCCCGGCCUGGGCCCCGCCAGCCCCUGCCCCGCCGCCGCCCCGCCCCCCGCGGCCGGGCCCUUCCUCUACCGCCAGCAGGUGACGCAGGAGCAGGAGGGAUUCGCCGACGGCUUCGUCAAGGCCCUGGCCGACCUGCACAAGCAGAACCAGCUGCUGGGGGCGCCGCUGUCCCCGGGGCCCUGCCGGCCCGCCGCCGACCCGCCCGCCGUCUACACCAACCUCGGCAGCUUCAACCCGGCCGGGCCGCUGAGCCCCGCGGGCAGCGCCUACUCCGCCGGCCCGCCGGGCCUGCCCUUCCCCGCUCCCGCCCCCGCCCCGCCGGCGCUGGGCAGCGGCCGCCUCCCCGCUCCCGGCGCCGCCAGGGCCCUGGAGGAGCCGCAGACUGUGCCCGAGGCGCCUCCGCCGGGCGAGGCGGGCAGCAGCGCCCCGACGCCGCCCUCGCUGUCGCCGCUGGACGCGGAGAGCCAGGAGCGGCUAAAGGCCGAGCGGAAGCGGCUGCGGAACCGCAUCGCGGCCUCCAAGUGCCGGCGGCGGAAGCUGGAGCGGAUCGCGCGGCUGGAGGAGAAGGUGAAGGCGCUGAAGGGGCAGAACGCCGAGCUGGCCGCCACCGCCAGCCUCCUGCGGGCCCAGGUCACCCAGCUGCAGGGCCGCGUCCGCAGCCACCUCUCCAGCGGCUGCCACAUCAGCGCCGCGGGCGCGCCCGCCCCGCCGCCGCCGCCGCCAGAGGGCGCCGCCGAGCCCGCCGCGCCAGAGACCGGCGCCUGCUGAAGCCGCCGGCCGGAGUGGGACGGAGACUGCCCGGGAGACGGGGGCUCGGCCCAGCCCCGCGCAAUCGUCGCUGGCCGGAGACUGAAAGCGGAGCCGGGGACUGGAGCGGCCCCGAAAACACGUGCGAGUCUCGCGUGCUCCCCUGCCGGGGAGGAGCCAGCGGCCACCGGCCCCAAGCGCUGCCGCGGCGGGGAAUGAAAGAUCGUCGAGUUUCCAGAGUCGUCUUCAAAUAUUCCGGAGCCGGUUGGGGAUUUGAUUGGGGGGGUAGCACUAGAGCAUUGCAGGGAAAGAUAGGGAUUCAAAGCUUGAGAUUAGUGACCAAUAGAGGAUUUUAAGUACC